AUGUACUACAGUGCUGGAAACUAUGAGGCCUUUGCCCGGCCACGCAAGCCUGCAGGUGUAGAAAGCAAGCGAGCAUGGUUCGUCGGUUCAGGACUCGCAUCAUUGGCCGGUGCUGCAUUCCUGGUGCGCGAUGCUCAAAUGUCUGGUGAUAAAAUCACGAUCUUAGAGGAGAGCGAUCUCCCAGGAGGUGCCCUUGACGGCAUCAGGGAGCCUGAGAAGGGUUUCAUUAUACGCGGCGGACGGGAGAUGGAAGACCAUUGGGAAUGCCUCUGGGACUUAUACCGAUCCAUCCCGUCACUUGAGGUUGAGGGUGCCAGCGUUCUGGAUGAGUUUUACUGGCUGAACAAGGACGACCCGAACUAUUCAUUGCAGCGUGCUACAAUCAAUCAAGGUCAAGAUGCAAGGACUAAUGGUCGUUUUGGUCUUAGUCACAAAGCACAGAGAGAGAUCAUAAAUCUCUUUCUCAGUCGCCGUUCUGAAAUGGAAGGCAAGCGCAUCCUCGAUGUGUUCAGCCGAGAUUUCUUCCAAAGCAAUUUCUGGCUGUACUGGCGGACUAUGUUCGCGUUCCAAGAGUGGCACUCAGCUCUGGAGAUGAAGCUUUACCUCCACCGAUUCAUCCACCAUAUUGGCGGCCUAGCGGAUUUUAAAGCAUUGAAAUUUACCAAAUAUAACCAAUAUGAGUCCCUGGUGCUGCCACUAUACAAGUGGCUCCAGGACCAUGGAGUCCAGUUCCAGUACAGCACGAAAGUCACCGAUAUUGACUUUUUAGUCACCGACAGUCGAAAACAAGCCACCUGCAUUCACUGGAGCAAAAUGGGAGAAGACGGCAGUGUAGAAUUGCAUACUGAUGAUCUUGUUUUCAUCACUAUUGGCUCCCUGACGGAGAAUUCAGAUUCUGGGGACCAUCACAACCCAGCACAAUUGAAUGAAGGACCAGCUCCAGCAUGGGACCUUUGGAGGCGGAUCUCACUCAAGCACCCGGCUUUCGGCAAACCGGACGUGUUUGGCUCGUCAAUUCAGGAGACCAAAGGGGAGUCUGCCACUAUCACUACGUUGGACGACCGAAUUCCGAGCUAUAUCCAGAAGAUAUGCAAGCGCGACCCGUUCAGCGGUAAAGUAGUGACCGGCGGCAUCGUCACAGUUGCAGAUUCAAGUUGGUUGUUGAGCUGGACUGUUAACCGACAGCCUCAUUUCAAGAACCAGCCUCGGGACCAGAUUGUGGUGUGGGUGUACUCAUUGCUGGUGGACGUUCCUGGAGACUAUGUCAAGAAGCCUAUGCAAUGUUGUACCGGUGAAGAGAUUACCCAAGAAUGGCUGUACCAUCUAGGGGUGCCCGCUGAUGAUAUUCCAGCGCUUGCAGCUGCUGGUGCGCGAUGUGUGCCGGUCAUGAUGCCGUAUGUCACGGCAUUUUUCAUGCCUCGACAUGGAGGAGACCGGCCUGCAGUGGUUCCUGAGGGAGCCGUGAACUUCGCAUUCAUCGGGCAGUUUGCAGAGUCCACUCGGGACACGAUUUUCACUACAGAAUACUCUGUGCGGACUGCAAUGGAAGCAGUAUACCAGUUACUCGACGUUGAGCGUGGUGUACCAGAAGUCUUCAGCUCGACUUAUGACCUGCGAAAGCUUCUAGUUGCCGCGAACAAACUGCGUGAUGGAAAAGAAAUAGAUCUACAUCUUCCUCAUGCUAUCAAACAACUUCUCCUAGAGAAAUUGGAGAGGAAUGAGAUUGGAGCGCUUUUGCAGGAAUAUCAUCUUAUCUGA